AUGGAAAUUUCACUUGAACCUAGUACCUAUUUAAACGAGGCAAAUUAUUAUGAACGCAAGAGCGAACGAGCUCUUCUUAAUAUGUCCAAGUUUAUCGAUCUUGUGGAGAACAAUUAUGCCGAUGCAGUGAAUUCUCUUCAAAAGGCUUUGAACUACCUUGACAAAGCGAAGUCUGAGUUGAAUAUCGAGAGUGAUGAACUACGUAUCCUUGAGAUGCGCCAAGAAUCUCUCCAUCGCCAAUUUGACGCUCUUCGACCCUAUCAAUUCCUGCUGACUCACCGUUUUAUCGCUAAGAACACUGCGACCACCAGCCAAAGUGUAAACUCGCGUCUGCUCAAAUCGGCAGACCCCGUCGUCCUUAUCGACGAAUCUAACGACCACCUUCAUUCGGGCUACGAUCUCCUUCCUAGUAGAUCGGCGACCAAUUUGAAGUUGUGUCCAAAGCGCAACGACCAGAGGCUUGAGGAAUGCGAAGUGCGCAUAAACGAAUUAGAAAAAAUGGUGAAUGAACUCUCCCUGAAGCUGGAGGAGUCGGAGCGAAGAGCAGCCCUUGAGGAGAACGCGCGACUGGUGGCUGAGGGAGAACUGCUGAUGUUACGUCGUCCACACUGCUGGGGUUCCACCUCUCCCCUCACCGACUCCGUUUGCAAUACCAUGAUAGCCUUCCACCACUCUUGCCUCCCCGAACUUGCUGAUUCAAACAUGGGCACCUGA